AUGGAGACAGAAAGUGCCGAUGAUAUUUUGAGAAAGGCCGCAUUAGAUGGGUCAAUGGACUAUUCGACCUGGCCCGAUUUACUCCCCGUUAUUCUAGCGCGCAUCGAGAAGACUGCGCACACCGAGUUCUCCAUCCCCAACCUCAGUGGCUUCUCGCAGCCCGCAAGACCCGCCUCCCCCCGCUUUCUCGCCCCUCUCCCUUCGUCGGACCCUUUCGAAGCUCCAGAACAGACAGAGAUAUCCUCAUCCCAAGGUACAAACAAGGAAAAUGCCGACCCAUCAUCCCCCUCUGCCGUUGCUAGAAACACGGGCGUCAACACGCGAGGAACCGAAGAUGCUCCCGCAACACAAUCAAACACUACCGGUCUCCCGAAGCCCAUUGCCGAUAUUCUCGACGAAAUAUUAUCCGUCCUCCGCACAGACUUCACCCAAUACCCGCCACACACCAUACAGCGACUCUCCGAAUUGGUUCUGCACCCCAAACAACACUAUCGCCACCUCGUGCCUUAUCUCCACGCGCUCGAUCGUGUGGUGCACGUAACGAGCGGCGCAAAUAUCUACCCUCUCCCGCCGGCCCUUCCCGACGUGGGCGCCAUGUCCCUCCUGGCUAAUGGCGUUGGUAACGGCGGCCCAUCAGGUCUGUCCAUCGACAUAGCGGCAGCUAACAACGUCGGGUCGGACGAAGCCCUAGGCGGUGCCCUGUUGACGCCAAUCCCCUGGCUGAGUGGCAGGACGAACGGCGGGGGAAGCGACGACGGCAGCGAGACGGGUGGCUCAUCCCCACUAUCAUCGAGUGGCGACAAUAGCCAAUCGUUACACCAGCAGCAACAACAGCAACAACGGCAAAGCUCCCACAUUGAGGGCCGAGUGCGGACCGAGAGCACAGAGACGAUCGAGGGGCCGAACGGUAUGGGUAGCAUCGAGACCGUUUCCGUCUCGGUCAAUGGCAUCCCGUCUACCGGCGCCACCGGUAUGGCCCUGCUUACCCAGCGAAGCGUGACCCAGGGAGAGUUACUACGUCAAGAACAGCGUGCUGGUCUCGUCCCACUUAACCAAAUCAACAGACAACAGCAGCAGCAACUGCACCAACAGCAACUACAAGCGCAAGCACAGGCUCAAGCCCAAACCUCGGCACAAAACGACCCUGGCGAUCACACCACAACCGGGGCAACAACAGCAGAGGAAGAAGACACUACGAUGACCGAGGGCGGCGAGCUGGACGAGGCCGCAGAGGAAACUCCCCAUGCCCGCGGACCGGGGGAAAUCGGUAUGGCCGACACGGGCCCGCAAAGCGCCGCUACCGCAAACUUCAUCGCUGGUACUGGCGGUAGUCCCAUGGUUGUACAGGGAAUUGACGUGGAAGCCGCUGUCGGGCGAAGCCCUGCGCAGCAACAAUCAGAACAGGAAGAAACAGCCGCAGGACAACCGGCACAAGAGGGAGCCGGCAGUAGCAGUACCACAACCGAAGGCGGCCCCGCCGAUCUCGUCGCGCAAAGUCCUAAGCGCGAGGCCGGCGAUGCGCUUGAACCGGAAUCUCCAGUGAAACGGAGGCGGGAGGGAGCCGACGGUGACGGCAGCGGUACUGGUAGUGAUGGUGAUGAAAAGCCCGACCCUGACUCUGGCUCGCCUCAGAAAGUUGACGCGGAAGGGGACGUGGUCCUUUCUGAUGCUGCGGCUAGCGAGGAGACGAGUGCUGCUGAUCCCGCGCCUGCUCAGGAAGGUGAACCGAAGGACGGGGCUGAGGGGGAGCGUGAUGGGGUUAAGGAUGCGAAAGAGGGUGAGAGUAAAGCGAGCAAAGAUGGGGAUGAGUCUAGUACCUUGGGUUCCGGGACCUAA